UGCAAAAAAGGACCUCUCCUUGGCAGCUUCACUUUCGUAAUUGGCGGUCUGUUCGCUGCUGGCUCUGCCAGCCUUAGCUUCCCGUUUCAUUCGCAGUUGGUCCGUCAGCCCAGGCGAUCCGCAUUUGCGUACGCAGCAGGUUUCCGAUUUCAGAACUCUGAUUCCAGCGGCAGCGAAUCGCGUCGGCAGCUGAACAUCUCAAAAUAUUCUAAAAAUUGCAAGUGACAUUGUGAAACUAAGAUUGCUAACAAAUCGCCAUAUAGUCGCGCACUAUUCUCCAUUCAAAUUUAAAGUGCGCAGCGCGGAACAUAAAUCGUAGCAAACUGGAUACGUUAGGCUUCAAAUACUUCCAUCAACGGAAAAUGGGCACAGCGGGCGAUCGCCUGUUGGACAUUCCCUGCAAGGUGUGCGGCGAUCGCAGCUCCGGCAAGCACUAUGGCAUCUACAGCUGCGAUGGUUGCUCGGGUUUUUUCAAGCGGAGCAUCCAUCGCAAUCGGAUUUACACCUGUAAGGCCACCGGCGAUCUCAAGGGUCGGUGUCCGGUGGACAAGACCCACCGGAACCAGUGUCGCGCCUGUCGCCUGGCCAAGUGCUUCCAGUCGGCCAUGAACAAGGAUGCUGUGCAGCACGAGCGCGGUCCACGGAAACCGAAGUUGCAUCCGCAACUGCACCACCAUCAUCAUCAUGCUGCAGCCGCCGCCGCUGCAGCGCACCAUGCAGCAGCCGCCCACCACCACCACCACCAUCACCACCACGCCCACGCAGCGGCCGCCCAUCAUGCGGCAGUGGCUGCAGCGGCUGCCUCCGGCCUGCACCACCACCACCACGCCAUGCCCGUCUCGCUGGUGACCAAUGUGUCGGCCUCGUUCAACUACACGCAGCACAUCUCCACCCAUCCGCCGGCUCCGGCAGCGCCACCCAGUGGCUUCCACCUGACGGCCAGUGGCGCCCAACAGGGAGCGGUGCCACCAGCUGGCCACCUGCACCACGGCGCCGCCGCACAUCAGCACGCCACGGCCUUCCACCAUCCCGGACAUGGACACGCGCUGCCGGCUCCACAUGGCGGCGUGGUCAGCAAUCCUGGCGGCAGCUCAAGCGCGAUCUCCGCCAGCGGACCCGGCUCCACGCUGCCCUUCCCCCCGCACCUGCUGCACCACAAUCUGAUCGCAGAGGCGGCCAGCAAGCUGCCGGGUAUCACCGCCACAGCCGUGGCGGCAGUGGUCUCCUCCACCAGCACGCCGUACGCCUCGGCGGCGCAGGCGUCUUCGACGAGCAGCAACAACCACAACUACUCCUCGCCCUCGCCCAGCAACUCCAUCCAGUCCAUCUCGAGCAUUGGGUCGCGCAGCGUUGGUGGCGAGGAGGGUCUCAGCCUGGGCAGCGAGAGUCCGCGCGUCAAUGUGGAAACGGAGACACCUUCGCCAUCGAACUCGCCGCCCCUGAGUGCUGGUAGCAUUUCGCCGGCACCCACGCUGACCACCUCCUCGGGAUCGCCGCAGCACCGCCAGACGUCGCGGCACAGCCUCAGUGAGGCCACCACGCCGCCCAGCCACGCCUCCCUCAUGAUCUGCGCCAGCAAUAACAACAACCACAAUACUAACAACAAUAAUAAUGGGGAGCACAAGCAGGCGAGCUACACAUCCGGAUCACCAACACCCACAACGCCGACGCCGCCACCUGCGCGCGCUGCUAUAGGUUCCACGUGCAACACGGCCAGCAGCUCCAGUGGGUUCCUGGAACUGCUGCUCAGUCCGGACAAGUGCCAGGAGCUCAUCCAGUACCAGGUGCAGCACAACACGCUGCUUUUCCCGCAGCAGCUGCUGGACUCGCGGCUGCUCUCCUGGGAGAUGCUGCAGGAGACGACGGCGCGACUGCUCUUCAUGGCGGUGCGCUGGGUCAAGUGCCUCAUGCCCUUCCAGACGCUCUCCAAGAACGACCAGCACCUGCUGCUCCAGGAAUCCUGGAAGGAGCUCUUCCUGCUGAACCUCGCGCAAUGGACGAUACCGCUGGACCUAACGCCCAUACUGGAAUCACCGCUCAUCCGCGAGCGAGUGCUGCAGGACGAGGCCACGCAGACGGAGAUGAAGACGAUCCAGGAGAUCCUGUGCCGCUUCCGCCAGAUCACACCCGACGGCAGCGAGGUGGGCUGCAUGAAGGCCAUCGCCCUGUUCGCCCCCGAGACCGCCGGCCUGUGCGACGUGCAGCCGGUGGAGAUGCUGCAGGAUCAGGCGCAGUGCAUACUCUCGGACCACGUGCGUCUGCGCUACCCGCGCCAGGCCACCCGCUUCGGCAGGCUGCUGCUCCUGCUCCCCUCGCUGCGCACCAUCCGGGCGGCCACCAUCGAGGCGCUGUUCUUCAAGGAGACCAUCGGCAAUGUGCCCAUUGCGCGGCUGCUGCGCGACAUGUACACCAUGGAGCCGGCCCAGGUGGACAAGUGAACCGGACACGGCUCCCAGCCGAAAUGUCAUCAAAAUCGAUACCCUAGCACCUAAGCGCCAUCGGUCGUCGCCAUAUGCGAACGAAUUUGUAUUCCCAUGCGACCCGAAUCCUAUUCAGAUUCAUGGCGGCGGGAGGAGGGCCAAAUGGGGGGCGGUGGCUGCUGCAGAUGCGACGGUUCGCAGGACGCCAUGUAAUGGCGCCAUGGAGGCGUAUGUACUAGCCGUGCUCCUCCAUUGGCGAUGCAGUCCGCGUUGGUGGCGCACCCACAACCACACCUUGAUUUAUCGCCGGCAAUGCGUCGGGCUGUCCUUACACUCGCUUCGAUUUCUAACAUUUAUUUCAUCUUUUUCCACGGAUUUUUCUUUUUGACUGCCUGGGCGGCACUCUUUAUUUAUCUUUCAUUCGACGUUUUGUCGUCGCUUUUCUAAAAAUUCCCCAUGUUAUUUCAACCUGGCAAGGACCUCGCAGUCCCAUUCCCACGCCCUUACUUACAAAUCACUCCCCCACGUCCUGCGAUUCCGCAAUCGUUGGACUUUUUCGCGCUCUGACUUCGAAAUACCCUUUAAUAGGGCACAUAAUUCAGAUUCAGGUAUAUAACCCACAAAAUCAAUUGAAAACCAUUUUCUUAACACGAAUGAAAUGAUUGGAUUGAAUGAUUGGAUGAAAUAAAUGAAUGUUUUUAAAA